GCAUUGGCUGACACUUGCGCUACCUUCGUGAUGAAUAUAUCUGUUUGUGUGUUGUGGUUAGUUUUACUUCUGUGUGGUCCUCUUGCUAGUCGAAAACACAUCCUUAAUCUAAAGGUUUCAAAUAUUAAAAAUUUUACAUGAAAUUUAGAACGAUGGUCGAUUCAUUUCUCUCUGUUUUCAUCCAAAAACUGGAAGGUGAUUUACAAUAUAUAACUUUUACUCUGGAUAAGGCUGGGGAUUCCGGAGUAACGUCUCUUAUUGAAUCCAAGUCAAAUUCUUGUUUUUGGGAUAAGUCAUUUAAAUUUAUUUACCUCUCAUUUGAUAAAUCAUCCAAGUCACUGGUGAUACACAAUCAUGAUCCCAAUUAUAAAGGUGUAAUCUUUGAAGCCUCGUCUUUAGAAAUGGAAGAGGAUGGUCAACCUGCUAUCAAACCCAUAGGUUUAAUUGACAAUAUUCAUUACGCUCUUACCUGUUUGCGGUUGGUUACUGAUCGAAGUCUCUCGUUGGCUAAAGCAAUAAAUGCCAUAAUAUUAUCUGAACCGAAACUUAUAGAAAAAGUUAAAUUUAUGAAUGUAUUGGAACUACAUCGACAACAGUAUCUUGUCUACAAACUUCUACGUGAAGUUGCUGAAUACUCACAAAAUACUAAGGAUGAAGAGCAACAAUCCCCAGACCAUAAAGCUAAAAAUCAUAUUGAACCAAGUGAUGAUUCACAGUUACGAAAGGUUUUCGGAAUCAUUUUAUCUCAAAUUACUCCUUUUGGUUCAUUACAGCGGAUUCCGUACGAAGGGAAAGACAAUGUAAUAAGUGCUAAUUUCACAGUUCGUUUCUUGAAUACAUCUGAAGAAGGCUUAUAUCAUCUAUACUUUCAUAAUUGUGCUGAAUUAAAUGUAGAAUCUGGUAAACGUCAUUCAGUUAACUUAACAUUAAAAAUGGUUGAGAAGAAUGUAAACAGUUAUUUAUCUGCUGGUCAACAACCAUUACCUACGCUUUAUGCAAUUUCUUGUUUGGCUUAUUUGUUCCUUAGUAUUUUCUGGUUUGUUUACCUUCGCAAAUCAAAAAAUUCGGUUUAUCGAAUUCAUUAUCUCAUGUUAGCAGUUACUGUAGUCAAGUCGAUUUCACUUGGCUUUCAUAGUGUAAAUUAUUAUGUGAUUGGGAAACAUGGUGCUCAUGAAGAAAGUUGGGCUGUUAUGUAUUAUAUUACUCAUAUUAUUCGAGGUGCACUUCUAUUUAUCACUAUAUUACUGAUUGGUGCUGGUUGGGCCUUUAUCAAACAUAUGUUAACACCGCGUGAACGUAACGUGUUCCUGAUUGUAGUACCUCUUCAAGUUUUAGCCAAUAUUGCUACUAUAAUUAUUGAAGAGUCUGAAGCCGGUGCGGCUCGUUAUGCUACAUGGAAAGAGAUUUUCAUUUUUGUCGAUUUAGCAUGUUGUGGAGCAAUUUUAUUCCCUGUUGUUUGGUCUAUUAAACUUUUAAAAGCAGCUUCUCAAACGGAUGGUAAAGCAGCUAUAAAUCUGCGUAAUCUGCGGUUAUUCCGUCAUUUCUACAUUCUGGUUAUUUGUUACGUGUAUUUUACACGUGUCAUUGUCUACCUGAUGACAAUCACUGUAGUCUAUUCGUAUUCAUGGCUUGUGGAAUUAUUCAAGGAAACGGUGACUUUCAUUUUCUUUAUCUCAGUUGGUUAUGAAUUUCGUCCAGUUAAUGAUAAUCCUUAUUUGCUUGUUUCUGAUGAAGAUGAAGACGAAGAUACUGUGAUGGAACGUAUGCAAAUGGAAGAUAUAUGGUCUCAGUCUGGUUUAACAGAUGGAGUGACACGAGUACAAAGAUCCCAGUCGAAGCGUAAAUCAAAUAUUCCCAUGAAAACUUAUCCAAAAAGUCAAGAUAAAGAAUCAUUACUACAAGAAGUUGGAAAUGCAUAGUUUUAUUCGAAAUAUAUGCUUCUCAAUCCUUUCUCACCUACUUAUAUCAAUCUACAUUGCAAAACAGAUAAAAAAUAAAACGAUUUUAUAUGUAUACACGUUUGCGUAGUACUAUUAUUACUACUUCUAUCGCUACCAACUAUGUGAUUUUCUUUGGUUACCUUAUACCUGCUUUGCAGUUUUAUAAACGUGUAUAGUAAUUAUCCAGGUGUAGAUGCGCGUGUAUGGGUAAUUCAUCCCUCUUUCCCCUCCCUCCCAAAACACUUCUGAUAAUUUUCUGAUCUUCUUAUAUUCACUCAUGUUGUUUUCCUAACAGAUACUUUGUACACACCGAUUCUUUUAUGGUUAUUAUUUUUCUCAUACGAUUAUGUUCGUAUAUGCGAGGCCUUCCCUAUCUUCUGUUCUUUCAUAUAAAUAACAUUUAUCAUUUCAGAACAAACCUUUGAGGAAAAUGAACACAUCUAUCUUGUCAUCUUUAAAUAAAGCACACACAAUGCAUAUAAACUAAUCAUUAUACUGAGUGGAUUUAAAGUUUAAAUCCUUUUCUUAAUCAAUUUUGAAUAAUACUCUACCAUAAAAACGAGAGACAAUGGUAAAUUUGGAUAGUGCGAUAAAAAGAUGGUUAUCAGAAUUAUGUGAUAUACUUACACAAUACAUCGUUUUUACGUACAUAUGUGAUCAGAUUAUCCAAAAUGUAUUGCACAAAGAGAUCACAUAAUUCUAAUAACCUUCGUCUUCUUAUCGCAUUAUCCAAAUUUAUCAAAGGAACUAAUUGUUUUAGACAACAGUAAAUUGUUUAAAUCAAAAUGAUUAGUUUAAUCCUGUUUUACCCCCGGCUUUUGUUAUUUGAAUAUUAUUAUCGUUAUUAUUGAUCGUUACUAUCACUAAAUCCUGUAAUAACUUGCAGUGCAGACUCUUAUUUUUCCGUUCCUUGUUUUAGACUGCUAAUUCAUUUCCUUGUUUGUAACAAAAAUAAAAGUAGCUGAAGUAAGAGUUUGUUUGUAUAAUGCUCUGUUGUAAUUGAUUGAUCACUGAACAAUGACCAAUGUCUUGUUUGUCUAGUACUUUUGUACUGAUUGAUUGAGUUACAAUAUGGUUGCUGGUCUAAAUAACUCAACAAGGAUAAGUGGAUUAUUAUUUGAUAGAGGUGAAUCAAAAAAAGAAUUCGGCUUCAGUUAUAGCUAUAUUUCUUUGUUCAUUAUUAGAAGUGUUCUUAAUCUUCUAGUCUUACUUAUUUACGUCUGUUACCCCACCCGCCUGCCAGCGUUCUCCAUCCAACCCUGUCAUGGG